ACGGCUCGUCGAUCGUUGCUUUUGUUGUCGGUGGCAAAUACGUUCCUGGUAACGGGUCUACUAUUGUGGGCGCGCAUACUGAUUCUCCUUGCUUAAAGGUCAAACCUAUCUCUAAAAAGGAAAAGAGUGGUUAUCUGGAAGUCGGUGUCCAGCUUUACGGUGGUGGUAUCUGGCACGCAUGGAUCGUGAUUUGGGCGUUGCUGGAUGCGUCAUGGUCGAAGACAACAAUGGCAAAUACCGUCACACAGUGGUUAAAGUGGACAGACCUCUUUUGCGUAUUCCCACACUUGCAAUCCACUUGGAUCGUAAUGCCAACGACAGUUUCACGUUCAACAAGGAAGUCCAGCUUGCACCAAUUCUUGCUACUGCCACCAAAGCAGAGUUGAACAAGACUGAAAGUGACGUACCCAUAGACCCAAAUGAUAGCUUCCUGCCGGAUAUUGUUGCUCAUCUUCAGGAGCAGCAGUGA